CCGCGAGAUAUACCAAACACCGUCCUUUUCAUUUUGCACAUAGUCAUUUUGUUGCAUCUACAGUAAAAGAGUCAGUGUUUGCUUCAAUGCUUGGAGACGGAACAAGACAAGUCCACAAGGCCAACAAUGGUCCAAGUCGAAAUAAUGUCUAAAAUAUAUGGUGAGCUUGUAGCAUAUCCACCACUCCGGAUUCUGCAAAAUGGGAAGGAACAUGACCCUUACGUUGUUGUAGAUGAAGCUAUUGAAAAAUUUGGUGCAGCAGUCAAAGAUCAAAUGCUUACAAAGGAACAAGCUUUGGUGAAGGUGACAAAAGUUGCUAAUUCAAUUGACUGGCUACCUACUGAACUGAAAGAACUGGUUGAUGCACACUGUCGUAAAGACUCAGAUGUUGACAAUGAUGGAUAUGUCAAUAAGAUGAGACUUUCAAUCAAGGCAAAUGAACUCUUUGGGAAGAUGAAGGCCAGCACCUAUUUUGUCAACUUUUACCAGCUCAAGCAGGUUGCUUCACGAUUUGCCGCACACUGGGGAUUUGUUGUUGUUUCGUCUGGCAACAAAUUGUCAUGCUUUUUUGCCAAGAGCUCAACUAAACCACAGCACAGCACGGAAUGCCAUCCAGGUGUUAAGGAGCAGCGCCUUGCAAGGAAGGCUGCUGGCAUAACAAUUGGUGGCUUGGAUCUGACAAAGGUCAAUGAUAUUGUGACAUUAAUAGCUGCAGGAAAUAUCAAUGCUUGCCAGAUGAAGAGUUUGCUAAAAGAUCAUGUGCCAGAGCACUAUGCAAUUACUGCUUCUGAUAUAUGCAACAUCAGAAAGCGAGCAGUCAAGUACUCCAUAGAACAAACACCAAUAAACAUUGCAACAGCACAGAAAUUAAUUGAUUUUGUUCCAUUGGAUGAGGAUGAGACCAUAAUCUCAAAGGAUGAUGAUGUGUCCAGAGAGAAAGUGGCUGAAUUUAUGAGACAGGUUCUACAGGACACAGGUGAAGGUUGGAAGGCACUUGCAUUUCUUGAAAAAGUGAAAUCUGAGACCAUUGGCUUUGACUUCCGUGUGCAUUACGAUAUUGACGUACGGCCAAUUGGCAUUGUUUGGAUUACCAAAAGUAUGCGCAAAGCCUGGAUCCGGUUUGGGAGCACAAUAUACCUGGAUGCUAUGAAAAGGAAAAUGAACAGUCUCCACUGGCCAUACAUUGGUCCUGUUGCAAUGGAUCAUGAAAUGCGAGUGGUUCCACUCUGUGAAAGUAUCUGUUUGGGGGAAACACUUGCCGCAUAUGCAUUUGCCUUAAAUUCUUUGGAGCAAAUGGAGCCACGGCGAAAAUUGGCCUCUAUCCGUCUCAUCUACGCAGACUGCUUUUUAACAGAUGCACUCCUACCAUUGGUAGGUCUGAAGCGCCCUUCCACAACUCUUGCAUGGGAUUCCUUUCACCUGAAGUCAAAAGUAUGGCCAGAAUACUUUGGACCAACCCUGUUUGACCAGUUAAAGGCUUCACUUGGGAAGAUGCUUUAUGGAAAGUCACGCAAAGAAUAUGAUGAAGCAUACCAGGAGAUAGCACAAACACUGGCCCACAACCCUGCUAAGCUUGAGUAUGUGAAGGGAUUGUAUGAUCACCCAGAACGGUUUGCUCACCACUUUAUCAAAACCAUACCUGGAAAUCUUGGCAAAUCCAGCAGUCAACCAGCAGAAUCAAACCACUCUAGUGUUGUAGCUCGAGUUGGUCCAGGCUCAUCACAAGACAUUGUCAAAGAAAUCAGUGCACUUCUGUACCGACGACAAGACUUGGCCAACUUGCAUGAACAAGAAGACGCAAGAUAUGAGCUAUUAUCCUUUAAUAGGGCUUCAAAAACCAAAACAACCACACUAUUGCAUGAUCUGUCAGAUGCUGGGGCACACAAAGCACUCUCAAAGAGAUUCUUCAAAGAUUAUUGGUGUCCUCUUUCAGAAGAGGGAAAGAGCUAUACCCAUUUAUGUCUUCCAUGUGGCUCUCACCAAAUUUUUCACAUGGAUACUCCUAAGCUGGAUGAUUUCGCCAUUGUUAUAAAGAAAGGAGAGCGUUGCACUUGUUCCCAGCAAAAGGAGUUUGGGGGUAUGUGCCUGCAUGAAUAUGCUCUACAUAAUCACACCUUUGAACUUAGCUUGUUUCCAGAAAGAAUGCUCCAGCCACACUUGCAAACAGCAAUUCGUCCAACCAGCUCCAACAAUGAUACUUAUGAUCAUUAUGGUUGCAAUGAUGAUGAUCUAGUGUUGGUCAAGGGCAACAAUGCUAAUGAAGUCAAUGUUGAUGAAGUUAAUAUUCAUGCUGACACUCGCAAUGAACCCUCCUCUUCUGAGGAUGAUAGCAUCCCAUUAGCUACAUUGGCUGGUAAAUGUUCUACCAACACCAAAAUGCAACCCCAGAAGAAACAAAAGUGUGCUGCUGUGACUCAUGCUGAAGCAACUUGUGUUGCUGCAGCAGUGGUAGACUACAUUGUUGGUGGCAAAUCGGAAAUGAGCAUGGUCCUCUAUUCAUCUCUUCAGCAUUUGCUUGAGAUUGCUCGUGGAACAAGUGCCCGCUCAGCUGCCAGCAUAGUACAAUCUGCUAGCCUGGCUGUUGAACUGAGAAGAAAGCAUCCAGCUCUGCAUCAACCAGUGGCUGGUCCAGAGGCCAACACAGUAGGAAGGACCCGAUCCAAGAGACUAGUCUCAAAGGUGAUGGCCACAUAUGGAGGGACAUCGAUACUGAGGGACCUUGGCCGGAGGAUUACAAAAGAGGAGCUUCCUCGCUUCCGGCAAACAGAACUUUGCUGCUCACAAGCCAUCAGUGACGGAUCAAAGUUAAGUUCCCUUAUUACAGCCAACAAACCUGUGCUCAUCAGCCUCCCAAGACAUACUAAAUGGCUUGUUAUUCAUGGCCUGUACAAUCUAUCAGGAAGCUUGGCUGCUGCCAAAGUUUCAAACAAUGUUGGGGUGGAAGUUACAUGCUAUGGCAACAUGGGAACAAUUAUGGAAGGACUUAUAGAAGGUGCUGCCAGCUUUGAUCACAGAGUGGCCACAUACAGCACUGUAACAGACUGGAUUGCAACCUCUGCUUUGACAGGAAUGAAUACCAUGACACGGUUGAUUGCAAGCAACAAAUUUAAUAGCUUAACUGGUAGCAUCUAAUGACUACUUACUUGUGCUUU